AUGGAAAUUGAUACUUAUCAGUCUACUUGGAAUAUUAUUGGUGAAGAUGUGAGCAAUGUUAUCAAGUCUUUCUUCAAUGGUGCCCCGGUUCCUAAAUUUUUUACUCACACUUGUUUGAUCAUGCUCCCUAAGGUGGAUUCCCUACAAUCAUUUGCAGACAUGAGGUCGAUAAGCCUAUGUAAUGUGUCUGCUAAAAUCAUUUCCAAACUUCUUAACUCCAAACUCAGCACUAUUCUCCCAAGAAUUAUUUCUCAAAACCAGAGUGGUUUUGUAAAGGGCAGGGCUAUUACAGAAAAUAUAUUCCUUACUCAACAGAUUUUCAAUGAUAUUGGGAAGCAAGUUCCAAGGGACAAUAUUGUUAUCAAAUUGGAUAUGUCAAAGGCUUAUGACAAGGUUUCUUGGAAUUUCCUUUGCCUAAUGCUAAGAAAAAUGGGGAAUGCCAUUAUUCAGCUGAUUCUGUCUACUUCAGCUACUUAUGAACAAGUUUCCAGGCAACAAAUUAAUACUACUAAAUGUAGUUUCUCCAUGGCUGCUUCUGCCAACGUUUGGACCAUUUCAAGGAUUAAGAGGCUGACUGAUAUAAGAUAUGAAGAGCUCAUAAUUAAAUAUUUGGGAUGUCCAAUUUACUCUGGUAGGAAGAAGAAUGAAAUAUUCUCAGAUCUUGUUACUAAAGUUGUCAACAAGAUUAAAGGGUGGCACCUGAAGCUUCUUUCCACAGGUGGUAGGGCUAUUCUCAUCAAACAUAUUCUCAUCGCUCUUAAUAUUCACACUUUAGUUGUUGUCCAUCCUACUAAAGGUACUCUAGAAGCUAUUGAGAAGUAA